GCCCGCUCCCUGAAGCCCACCGCUCGCCGCCGCCCCGAGUGAUCCGGUCGCAGCCGGUGCGCCUUUCCCCGCAUUCUCUCUCUCGCGCGACGACGACGACGACGGCGACGAGCACUGCUGCACGCCCGCGCUCCUUGCUGUGCCCAUUGGCUUCACACCCCCGUCCAGCGCUCUCGUCCACUCGCCCCGACGCUCGCACCUCGCCUCUCCGCGCACACGCCUCAUCUUCGCGACCCUAGCUGCGUGCGAUCGCAGCCAUGUCGUCCGCCGAGGUCAUCGAUGCGCUCUUCGAGCGCACCGUCGACAUCGUCCAGUCGCUGCCCAAGGCCGGCGCCAUUCAGACCAGCUACGAAGAGAAGCUGGCGCUGUACAGUCUCUACAAGCAAGCGACCGAGGGCGAUGUGACGUCUCGCCGGCCCGGCAUGCUCGACAUGCUGGGGCGCGCCAAGUGGGACGCUUGGUCAUCGCGCCGCGGCUUGAGCAGCCAGGACGCCAAGCAGCUCUACGUCGAGAGCAUGCUGCGGACACUGCGCAAGUUUGCCGAUCGGCCACAGGCGAUUGCGCUUAUUGAAGAGCUGGAGAGCUAUAGCGGAGACGUGGCGCAGCGAGUCAUGAGCGCAUCACUGGCGCGCGCCGGCUCAGACUCAGACUCGGACUCAAGGCCACGCUCGCCCGUUGCCAUACCCGUGCCGGACACUGAGACGGACAGCGAGGAUGAGCGGGAUGCAGUGGCGCAGCUGCCGCCAGCUAUGGCGUCUGCAUCUGCGUCUCGCCCUUCCUCAGCGCAGGCAACACGCGGCGGACGAUCAGUCGGCGGCGGGUCAGGCGGACGACGCACGCCUCAGGGUGGCUCAGUGAGCGGUGGGCUGCCGCAGCGGUACGCCGUGCCGCCCUCCCGCGUGCCGCGCGCACCACCAUCAGCUGCGAGCCGCACGCCUGCGCCACUGGCGACGGAUUCCGAGGAUAGUGACGAGUCCUUGGCGGCGCGCGAGGAGCGACAGCGUCGCGGCUCCCAGCAGCCGUCGAUCAACACUCCACGCGGAGCGCCUCGUGCGGCGCAAUACUACGCCGGCGCAGGCCCACCGGCUCCGCGCUACGCCACGCCGCAGUCCUGGUCGCGCGGGCCGGGCUCAGUGACAGGUGGCGAAGGCCGGCUGUAUGCGCCGCCCAAUGCGCCUCGUAUGCCGCCUUCCGAGUCUAUGGGCGGCGGAGGUGCAGGCACGAGCAUGUACUCUGCCGUGCCGCCGUCUCGCGCGCCGCCGAGCGAGCAGCACUACUACCAUCACGCCGGCAGCGUGCGUCCUGGCGCGCCUUCCUCCAUCGGCGCUCGCUCCGGCGGCGCUCCCUCGCAUCGCGGAGCCGUGCAGCCGCAGCGCGCAGAGGUCGACACGGCGCUGCAGUCCAUCCAAGCCUCGCUGGCAGCGCUGCACGAGCGGCUCAAUCGCGUCGAGGAGACACGCCGCUCCGGUCUCUCUGCGGCGCUGUUUGGCCCUAGCGGAGCAGGCGCUGCAGAUGGGAACGGCGGACGGAGAGGAGCUCUGCGCAAGGCGUACGGCGCCCUGACGGACGCGCUGCAUGACAUUGCCGUGCUGCUCGGCCUCGGCGCCGCUUCACGCACCGGCACCGCGGCGCCUUCCUACCUUGCCUCCGCUGGAAGUCGGGGCAACGGCGCAACCAACAGCGGUGGAGCAGCCAACCAAGGCGGCCUCGGCGCACCACUGCGUCUGCUUGCAGCGGUGCUGAACCUCUCGGUUCGCCUGGCGCUCGACCUGACGAGCUUGGCAUUGCUCUUCUCCCUCAUCGUCUUCUUCGUGCAGCGGCUUACAGGGCGCGGCGACCCGCUGCUCCUGCUGCGGCUCAUGCGGCGAUGGCGUCCAAGGGCUGCGGCGGCCCUGCUGCCGGCGCAGAAGACGAAGAGGGGAGAGGCGACGGCUGUGGCUGCCUAGAGUGCUCUGUGCAAUGCCCACCCACUUCUCACUGCGACGGACCCGAGGCGACAGCACUAGAAAGGGUC